GAAGAUGAAGACGAAGUUCGCCUGCGCAGAUGAGAUUCCCGACUCUCUCGGCUUACUGAUCGAAUCGGCCGGAGUAUUGGUGAGCGGACAGAGGAUCGAGGAGCCAGUGGAGGAGAGUCCAGAGGAGAGCUGCCGAAGCCCCGAAGAUGAGCCCGACCUCCGAACCAGGAGAAAGGCUUACCGAUGGUGUAAGGAGUUCCUGCCCGGAGCAUGGAAGUUCCUGGAGGAGGAGCGCUUCCAUAUCACUGCUAUACGAGGUGGCCUCAGCAACAUGCUCUUUCAUUGCUCCUUGCCGGAUGAUGAAAAGUGUUUAAGCAAUGAGCCGAGGAGCGUACUGUUGCGGCUGUACGGCGCUAUUUUACAGAUGUCGUGUAACAAAGGUGAAAAUCAAGAGACGCAAAGGGAGAAUUUUUUUCAGGGUGCUGCGGCCAUGGUAAUGGAGAGUGUCAUGUUUGCAAUCUUGGCAGAGAGAUCCCUUGGUCCCAAGCUGUAUGGGAUCUUUCCACAGGGACGCCUUGAAGAAUUCAUUCCGAGUCGAAAGCUUGAGACCGAGGAGCUAAGUUUCCCAGAUUUAUCUUCUGAAAUAGCAGAGAAAAUGGCUCGUUUUCAUGACAUGAGCAUGCCAUCCAACAAGGAACCCAAGUGGCUUUUUGGGACAAUGGAGAAGUACUUAAAGCAAGUCUUGAAAAUCAAAUUUACUAGAGAAUCUCAUAUACGGAAAUUCAAUACGCUUUUAAGCUACAAUCUCUCCAAAGAAAUGGGCACCCUGAGGUCUCUGCUGGAAUCAACCCCAUCACCUGUUGUGUUCUGCCACAAUGACUGUCAGGAAGGUAACAUCCUGUUACUGGAGGGAAGAGAAAAUUCUGAAAAACAGAAGCUCAUGCUUAUUGACUUUGAAUACAGCAGCUACAAUUACAGGGGUUUUGAUAUCGGUAAUCACUUCUGUGAAUGGAUGUAUGAUUACACCUAUGAGAAGUUUCCAUUUUUCAAAGCCAAUUUCUCAAAAUAUCCCACAAAGAAACAACAGCUUCACUUCAUUUCUAGCUACAUGGCAGAGUUUCAGCCUGGGUUUGAAAACUUGAGCAAUGAAGAGAGAAGUAAAAUAGAGAAUGCAAUGUUAACUGAAAUUAACAGGUUUGCUCUUGCAUCACAUUUCUUCUGGGGCCUUUGGUCUAUUGUACAGGCAAAAAUCUCUUCAAUUGAAUUUGGUUAUAUGGAAUAUGCUAUGGCAAGAUUUGAUGCAUAUUUCCUGCAGAAGAAGAAGCUGGGACUGUAAUUCUCUACUGUUUUUGUUACCAUCUCAGAUAUAAUGGAACUCAUUUAUCAGUGUCAAAAAACUGUGCAUUGUGUAGAGCAACCAGUUAGAUUCUCCAUUUCACUCUUUCUGUUCAGAUCAGAAAAUGGUUUUGGUUGCUAUGGUCAACAAAGUUCUUCUUUUAAACAUUUUUACAAGGUUCUUUAGGGCAUUUUCUUUUCAAAGUGAAUGUAAAAUGACUGUGAAGGUUUACAAAGUUUAGUUUCUGCAAUGAUGGAGUAAACUUAUUUUAUUUUGUGUCAAAACUGUACAGGUACCUCUGCCCUGGGGAGAUCACUAUUUUGCUCCUGGAGCAAAUAUAUGUGAUAGCAGCCUAUCUAUUUU